AAAUAACCAACGAACAUCUCUUACUAGUCUUUAAAAAGCUGUCCCUUACCACUCAUAUCACUUUAGACUCACACUGAUAUCAUCAAACCAUGAAAUAUCCCAUUUUGCUGACAAUCUUGUUCGUGCUGCCCAUCUCAGGGGCCCACAGAAUUGUUGGAGGUCGAGAGGCCAGAGCUCAUUCUAGACCAUACAUGGUUUCUUUACAGAUCAGGGGACAAAAUUUCUGUGGAGGAACUCUGAUCUAUCCUAACUGGGUCAUCACUGCAGCCCAUUGCUUCGAGGACACACGUGUGGAUACAGUACGGGUGGUACUUGGUGCUCAUGACCUGCGUAACCCAGACAGAUUUGUGCAGGUGCUGAAUAUCCAGGAAUCAGUCACACAUCCUGAGUACAACCCCACAACCUUUCAGAAUGAUAUACACCUCCUAAGGUUAAACAGCUCCGCUAAUAUAUCUUCCUUUGUAAGGAAUAUCAGUCUUCCUCUCGAUAAUUCAGAUGUGAAUCCUGGUUCUCCUUGCUCGGUGGCCGGCUGGGGUCAAGUGACUGAUUUCGGAGCUUUGCCCAGAGCUCUAAUGGAAACAGAUGUUAAUGUGAUCACCCGCAGGGCUUGUACUCAGAUAUGGAGACUGAACAUCUCUAAUAGCAUGUUGUGUACUGCUAGCCCUGGACAACGAAACAAAGGCUUUUGCUCUGGUGAUUCUGGGGGCCCUCUUGUGUGCAGGAACCGAAUUGAAGGUUUGGUAUCAUUUUCUGGACGUUUCUGUGGUGACCCUCGUACGCCAGAUGUGUAUACUCGUGUUUCAGCCUUUCUGCCUUGGAUUCAGAAUGUGAUAAAUGGACGUUAAAAGAAGAGAAGCAGUUAAAUAAUUACUAUUGUUAUUUUACUUAGUGAUUUUGCUAUAUUAGAAAUGCAUGGUAUAUUGUACAAUGGAAAAGUGUUUGUCAGACCUCCAUGGUAGCCUGGUUCGCAUACUGAAUCCUUUGUUUCAUAUUAUAUUGCUUAGCUUGUUUACAGGGAGUAUUCAUAUUUAGUGUAUAAAUGCUUCAUGCUUCUUUCAUGACCACUCAUCUUAGUGAAGCCCAGAGGCCUGUAAUAAAAAACUCAUCAAUAAAACAUUAUGCAGAUGCAAUGUCAGACUCAGGUUUCUAUGGGAACGGAUGAUGGUCAUCAGUUAUCAUCCGUUAUUAGCAGUUAUUGCAUCCAGGUUUUUUUCAUCUGUUAUUGUAAAAUAACGGCAGUAAAAAAGCAGGAUGAUACCUGUAGUGUGAAAGGGGCCUAACCUUUAUUGUAACAAAAUGACUUUAUGGAAAGUUAUGGGUAACUAACAACCAUUUUGGUAAGGUUAAAUAAAGUGAGGUUUCUAUAUAACAGGGAUGCAAAAAAUCAAACAUAAAUUCCGCUAGAUGCUAACCCUUUCUGUGCUGUGGCAUAAAUAUAAUGGUGAUGCUGCAUUUACACUGCUACAUGUCUGACUGCUGUACCCACAUAAUUAACAGUGGAAGUGAAGCUAUUAGUGACCUCAACUCUAUUCUCCAUGGCCAUUCAUAGCCCUAAUAUACUUAAGGCGUACCUGUCAUAUCCCACUAGAAAAAUAAAUCAUAUGCUACUCGGUACCUUUUCCUAAUCAUGUGCAUAUCAUAUGGAUUUUUCUCUCACAAAUACGUUCUAUCUGUUGCUCACUUGGUUUGUCAUUCUGUGCUUUGGAGAGGGCGUGUCCUCACUCUACAUGUCUGCUAUGCUGUGCGGGGUCUCUUCAUCUAAUAACUUCAGGUUGCUCUGUAACCCCCUCCUCUCUGUUUUCAUGCUGCAGUCUGAUAGGACAGAAGUGAGCACAGAGGCUAGUCCCACCCUCACUUACUGGACUUUAUCCCUGCCUGUGUUUCAUCUUGAACCGAGAUGAUGUUGCAACCAGACAGGAUUAUAUUCUGGAUAGUAUACAAACCCCUAGUGGUGUUUUUUUGUAUUUUUUUUAUAGCCAUGAUUUCUAUGGAAAGGAAAUAAAAUUGUGUUAUAAAGUAUAUUAGAAAGGCUAAUGUAUUGCAAAGUUUUGAAAUCAGUGCCCAUUUAACCAUUUAAGCAUAUAAUUUUUGCAGUAGUAUCUUAAUGAUACAAUCACUCUGUCACUUAUAGAUAGUAAUACUGGCCAUACCCAUUUGACAUGUGUAGACCGAACCUGCCGUUUUUAGAUUCCUUCACCCCUUUCCGACUUUGGCUUAUGCUUUUUCCUCCUCACCCAUUAUUUAUUUAUUUGUUGUACUUUGUAUUAUAGCCUGUAUUUUUACUGCCACCCUUUAUUUUACCACAUAAUGCACUAUAAAGCCAGAAAAAAAAUUGUGGGGCAAUGAUUUUUACAGUUGUUCACCAUAAGGUAAACCUGACAUGCUAAAUUUAUUCUACAGGUCAGUAUGGUUCCAAAUUUGGCAAUUUUUUUUUAGUUUUACUAGAAAAUCUAAAUCUAAGCUUUGCCAUAGUCUGAUCCCCUGUGACCUGUGUGAGCUGUAGUUUUGUGCACAGUUUUGACCUUUUGAUCACUUUAAAUUUUUUAAAUUUAUGUCCCUGUGCCCAAGGUGAUUGAACGAUCAAUGACGGAACAUUUUGGCCUUAAAGGGGUACUCCAAUGGAAAAAAAAUUUUUUUAAAUCAACUGGUGCCAGAAAGUUAAACAGAUUUGUAAAUUAUUAUAAAUUAUUAUAAAUUAUUUAUAAAUUAUA